GUGUUAAUAAUCUCGAGCUGUCGGUCUCCGCUCUCCUCCGCCUCAGAGCGCCGUUCUGCUGACUCAGUGCCUUACAGAACAGUCCCGUUUCUCCACACCGUCCGGAACUACAGCUCCUCACCGCUAACAGCAACGACAACCGCAGCCAUGGCCAAAACCGCAGUCGCUUACAAAGAGAAGAUGAAGGAGUUGUCCAUUGUCUCUUUCAUCUGCUCCUGCUUGUACCCAGAAGCCCGGAACAAGGUGAUGGGCGAGUUCGAAGACAUGAAGGUCAAGCCCAUUAACAAGCGAGCCUCUGGACAAGCCUUCGAAGUGAUUCUGAAGCCACCAUCCCCUACAACUGAUGGAGGCUACAGCAUCACCACUCCCCCCAAGAAGAGGGACGUUUCUCUGGAAGACAUUCAGAAGAAGCUGGAGGCAGCUGAGGACCGAAGGAAAUCUCAGGAGGCUCAGGUGCUAAAGGCUCUGGCAGAGAAGCGUGAGCAUGAGCGCGAUGUGCUGCUUAAGGCCAUGGAGGAAAACAGCAACUUCAGCAAGAUGGCAGAAGAGAAACUCACCAUGAAGAUGGAGCACAUCACCAAGAACCGCGAGGCUCUGCUCACAGCUAUGCUGGAGCGCCUACAGGAGAAGGAGAGACAUGCCCAGGUGGUACGUAGGAACAAGGAAAUUCGGGAUGAGCUGAGCGGAGAUGAAGAUCUUCAGUUCUAAUAAGCCUCCCAUCAGCCACCUGACCAAGUCAGAGACCCUCUCUCCCUAUUACCCCGUCCCACGUAGAGAAAGAGUCUCAUACAUACAUGCACACACACACACACACCCACACAAACACACACACACAACCCUCCCUCCCUCCCCAAACCCCUGCUCCCCCUUCCUAACCUGAUGGAGAAGGACAAACCCCAGUCUGCACCAACAGCACAUUCCUAUCCCAUCUUCCCCUCACAAAAAAAGUGAAAAAAAUAAAACCCAGAAGCAACAUGCAUCCUACUGCUCCCUAAACAAGAAUGUUUUGCUCGAUUCAAAAUGAAACACGUCAAAGUGGGUAUUGAGUUUUCUUUCUUUUUUCUUUUUGUAAAUACUUCCUUUUUCUGUUUUAUAUUUAUGAGGCGAAAAAAGUAUUGCAUUGUGCCAUUUUAUAGUUUUCUCUCUAUAUAUCAGUGGAUGUAUUAAUUUCCUCUCUCUGUGUCUCUCCAAUCUGCUGCAGUUUCUCUUGUAACAGGCUUUGGUGUUUGUGAAUUUGCUGGCUAUAGCUGAUAUUUAGCAGUUUCACCUCUUCGACCCCAAAUGGCCAUGUUUUUCUGCGUGUGUAUGUUGGUGUGAAGAACAUGUUUAGCUGCAUCACAUCACACACAUUUCUGAUUCUCUCAAGAGAUAGAUCAACACACACUAUUUUUUCAUGGACACACACACACACAUACACACAACAUAUAUAAUGCAUACAUUCAUACAAACAUACACACCAUGAAUAAAUAGACAUUGUUUAGCAAAGAUGACAUCUGCUCAGGGGGAGCUUGCUAAAUCUUAAUUUUCAGUACUUGAUAAAGUGAUGUAACAUCUGUGCCUCACGGCCAAUUCUGUGCCGCUCAUGUACUGUCAAUCACAAUUUUUCAUUCUGUAGUGGCUUGUUUAUGGUUCUCUCAUUCUAAUCAAAGCAUGCCAGAGAGAAACUAAAAUUGUAGCCACAGAGGCCUACCGGGGACUGAUGAAUGUCUGGAAGUAUCACAUCCUUACUGAUGGAAACCACAGAGUCACGAUAGAGAACAAGGUGACCUGACAUUAUCAUCCAUAGCGAAGUGUGUGUGUGUCUGUGUGUGUUUGUGUCCAAAGAGAAAUGGAUGCACCACAGGGAGUGUGUCAGUGCUCUUGUGAGAGCAGGGGAUUUGAGAGAUCCCCAUGUCACAGACCUUCCUUCUGCAUCCUUUCUCCUGUUCAUGUGCUUUCUUCCCUUAACACAUGUAUUGAUGUGAGCAAGCUGUGGUGAAUAAAGGUUUGGGGUUCUGUGAAUGA